GUGAGUUCGUUUAUAAAUGAAUUGUAUGCUUUGAAUUGUAUAAAUGUACAGUGAAUUUAAACAGUAUAUUAACAAGGGAACAUGGGCUGGUUUUUUAAAAAGUUAAUUACAAAUGGGUUCUUAGGUGAGUUUUAGGCUGAAUUCUAAAGGAACAGCAAAGGUAGGUGGGCUAAAUUAGUAGAGUUAGUGAGAAAAUUGGAGGAGGGUGUAAAAAUGAUGGAGUUGGUUCUUCAGUGUAAUUGUCACCUGUGCAGUGGUAGUCACUGGCUUUUACCUUGGUUUUUACAUGAAGUGAAGACAUGAGGGUUUACUAGUACCCUGCCCUUUACUAGAUUAGAUAUUGGUCAUGGGUCUGUACAUAGUUCCCACCUUAUUAUGUGCACUCAAUAGCUUAUACUGUAAGAAAUGGUAAUGAGAAGGUGGAACAUUUCUCUGCAUUUGAGGACUCGAAUACAGGGCAAGGAGAAGCUCAAAGCUUUCAGUUAUAUGCCUCUCUAGCUCUGGCUUUCCUUUCGCUGAAGGGGUAUGGAUUUUAUUUUAGAGGGAAUGUACUUGUCCUGUCUCAAGCUAGCAGUGAUACGUGGCCCCUAACGAGUAUACCUGAGGAGAGAGCUUUGGUUGUCACACUGCAGGCUAUGUCAGGGCUGACCUCCACGUACAAACUAGGGCUUGUGUCUGUGUGCUUUUGGGUUUUUCUCUGUUUUCCCUAAGCUAAUUCUGUACCAAAAAAAAAAAAAAUACUACUUAGUUGUUUUUAUAAAUUGCUUGCCAUUAAUGCCUGAUAAUAUGCAGUAAAAUAAGGGUUCUGCAUACCAUUAUGUAUGUCAAAUAUUACAAACUUUAAGGUUCUUUUGAAAUUAUAAUACUAAACUCAGUUCACUUUUGCUUAGCCUUCACAGUUGUUGAUCACAUAGCAUGGUCAUCCACUCACAGCUUAAAAAAAUACAGGGAGCAUCGGAGAGAAUGGGAGAUACUACUCGUCAGCGAAUCAAAUUCAGUGAUGACAGAGUGUGCAAGAGUCACCUUCUCAACUGUUGCCCCCAUGAUGUCCUCUCUGGGACUAGAAUGGAUCUUGGAGAAUGUCUGAAAGUCCAUGACCUGGCUUUACGAGCGGAUUAUGAAAUUGCAUCCAAAGAACAAGAUUUUUUCUUUGAACUUGAUGCUAUGGAUCAUCUGCAGUCAUUCAUUGCAGACUGUGAUCGAAGAACAGAAGUGGCUAAGAAAAGAUUAGCAGAAACUCAAGAAGAGAUCAGUGCUGAAGUGGCAGCAAAGGCAGAACGUGUACAUGAGUUAAAUGAAGAAAUUGGUAAAUUGUUGGCCAAGGUGGAACAACUUGGAGCUGAAGGGAAUGUCGAAGAAUCCCAGAAAGUAAUGGAUGAAGUAGAGAAAGCACGGGCAAAGAAGAGAGAGGCAGAGGAAGUUUAUCGGAAUUCUAUGCCAGCUUCCAGUUUCCAACAGCAGAAGCUUCGAGUCUGUGAGGUCUGCUCUGCCUACUUAGGUCUUCAUGAUAAUGAUAGACGGCUGGCCGAUCAUUUCGGGGGUAAACUGCACCUGGGAUUUAUUGAAAUAAGAGAGAAGCUCGAAGAAUUAAAGAGAGUUGUAGCUGAGAAGCAGGAGAAGAGAAACCAGGAACGCCUGAAGCGGAGAGAAGAAAGGGAGAGAGAAGAAAGGGAGAAGCUGCGGAGGUCUCGAUCACAUAGCAAGAAUCCAAAAAGAUCCAGGUCCAGAGAGCACCGCCGGCAUCGGUCUCGCUCCAUGUCGCGGGAACGGAAGAGGAGAACUCGAUCCAAAUCUCGGGAGAAACGCCAUCGUCACAGAUCUCGCUCUAGCAGCCGCAGCCGCAGCCGCAGCCACCAGAGAAGUGGGCACAGUUCUAGAGACAGGAGCAGAGAGCGAUCCAGGAGGAGAUCCUCAAAAGAAAGAUUCAGAGACCAAGACUUAGCAUCACGUGACAGAGACAGGAAUUCAAGAGACAGAUCACCUGGUGACAGAGAUCGGAAAGAUAAGAAGCGGUCCUAUGAGAGCGCUAAUGGCAGAUCAGAAGACAGGAGGAGCUCUGAAGAGCGCGAAGCAGGGGAGAUAUAAUUAGCUGUGUACAUGUCCUCAGUCCUUAAGCUUCCUCUGGAGUUACAUACUAUUGUUUAGUUUACAGCUGUUCGGGGGGCACAGUGAGCAGUUCCACACACCGGUCCAGCUAGGCUAGAUAUACAGUUUCCAGCUCGAUCUGAACUGAGCGUGUUUUCCUUGAUGAAGCCUCAAACUGCACCCGUAGUUCCUGGUGAACCUGUAAUACAGUUCUGAAAGUGUUCAACACAGUUUUAUAUACGAGAAAGACACAGAUGUCUUUGUUCUUUCUAGUAGAAUUGAGAACAAAUUGUGUUACUUGCCUCGGGGUUUUUGAACAUUUGUAAAAACGCUGUUUUCCUUUCUAGUCCAAACAGCGCACCUUUGGGGAUUUGCUUUUUAAUCCUUCUUGCUCCGACUUCUGUGUCCCCUACCCACCCUCUAAUUUUAAGAGAAGGGGGUUGGGGAAGCAAUAUAGCUUUUGUUCUAAGGUUCUGUUCCCAUUAAUAACUAGCUAAUUACAGUUCAGAGCAUUUAUACUGGAAUGUGUGCUGGAGAAAUUUAAAUAUGGGGAGGUUUUUUUAGUUUGUUUAGGGUUGGAAGUUGAACAGCUUUUGGAUUACAUAUACUUUGCUUUUUUUAUUGACAAUUGGAAAUCAAAUAAGUCUUGAUUUUUCUGUUGUAUUGAAUUACUACAUUCAGGGUGUUUUGAAAAGGGGGUGGGGACAGGGACUUUCUCACAAGCACUUCUGUUUUGUGUGUGUGGAAUAUAAAGGCUAUACCCUUAUUGUAAAAAAACAUGAAUAAUUAAAUGAAACAGUCACCACCACCAUUACUAUUAAACUGUAACCUGUCUAGUAAAUUGUCACUAGAACUACUUGCUGUGAGCAUUUCUUUUAUUCUUUUAUAUCAUUACUAGUGCCUUACUGUGCAAGGCACCAAAGGAGAUAUACACACACACUCUCGAAGAUUGGAGCCGAACUGCUGUUCCCCUGGGUUCCUGGCCAACACACUUCAGGGCUGUCUGUACGUCUGCUUCACGAAGGACUGGACCUGCAGAAGAAACUGGGUUUUUCAUUUGCUUUUGUUUUGUAUUUCUUCUUAUUCGGCAAACUGAAAUAAAAACACGGUAUAACCAAUGUAA